AUGCUCUACUCAAAAAGAUCCAUGUUCCGGUCUUUGACCCUCCCACGCUCAACAAAACUUCGAACGCAGAUCUCACCAUUUGCUAUCCGAAGAUAUGCAGAAGAAGCAGACAAGAAGAUUCGUGGUCCUGUAAUUGGUAUCGAUCUGGGAACUACCAACUCUGCUGUCGCAAUUAUGGACGGCCAAACCGCUAAAAUUAUCGAGAACUCUGAGGGUGCCCGAACCACACCCUCAGUAGUGGCUUUCUCCCAAGACGGGGAAAGACUUGUUGGUGUCUCCGCAAAGCGUCAGGCAGUAGUAAAUCCAGAGAACACUCUUUUCGCGACAAAACGGUUAAUCGGACGAAAGUUCACUGACGCAGAGGUGCAACGUGAUCUCAAGGAAGUACCUUACAAAAUUGUCCAACACACAAAUGGAGAUGCAUGGGUAUCAGCUAGGGGUGAGAAAUAUUCUCCAUCACAAAUAGGUGGAUUUGUGUUACAGAAAAUGAAGGAGACCGCCGAAUCAUAUUUAACACGACCCAUCCAGAAUGCGGUCGUGACGGUGCCAGCAUAUUUCAAUGAUUCUCAGAGGCAAGCCACUAAAGAUGCAGGACAGAUUGCAGGACUUAAUGUCCUCCGCGUUGUUAAUGAGCCCACAGCAGCUGCCCUAGCCUAUGGUCUCGAAAAGGAUGAGGAUAAAGUCAUAGCAGUUUACGAUCUUGGGGGUGGAACCUUCGAUAUAUCAGUCCUUGAAAUCCAGAAGGGUGUAUUUGAAGUUAAGUCCACAAACGGUGAUACUCACUUGGGUGGCGAAGAUUUCGAUAUUUAUCUUGUCCGCCACUUAAUACAACAGUUCAAAAAAGAUUCUGGUAUAGACCUAUCAAACGAUAGAAUGGCCAUUCAGAGAAUACGCGAAGCUGCCGAAAAAGCUAAGAUAGAACUUUCUUCUUCCAUGCAGACUGAUAUCAACCUACCCUUCAUUACAGCAGACUCUUCUGGACCGAAGCACAUUAACAUGAAAAUGUCAAGAUCGCAGCUCGAAAAAUUAGUUGAUCCCUUGAUCAGUAGAACUAUUGAUCCAGUCCGAAAGGCACUGAAGGAUGCCGGCCUAGCAGCCAAAGAUAUUCAAGAAGUUAUAUUAGUAGGAGGCAUGACUCGAAUGCCAAAGGUAGCCGAGUCAGUAAAAAGUAUUUUUGGACGAGAACCUGCAAAGUCCGUAAAUCCUGAUGAAGCAGUAGCAAUGGGCGCCGCAAUUCAGGGAGGAGUUCUAGCUGGCAAUGUUACUGAUGUCUUACUAUUAGACGUAACACCACUAUCCCUAGGGAUUGAAACACUGGGAGGUGUAUUCACCAGACUUAUCAAUCGAAACACUACAAUACCUACAAAAAAGUCUCAGGUGUUCUCCACUGCUGCCGAUUUCCAGACUGCCGUUGAGAUCAAGGUUUUCCAAGGUGAACGUGAGCUUGUUCGCGACAACAAAAUGCUCGGCAACUUUCAAUUAACUGGUAUACCUCCUGCGCACAGAGGUGUUCCUCAAGUCGAGGUCACCUUUGACAUUGAUGCCGACGCAAUUGUCCACGUGCACGCGAAGGACAAAGCUACAAACAAAGACCAAUCAAUCACCAUAGCAUCCGGAUCUGGGCUGUCUGAUGAGGAGAUUCAGAGUAUGGUUGAUGACUCAGAGCGUUACGCUGAACAAGAUAAAGAAAGAAAAGCUGCAAUAGAAGCUGCCAACCGAUCAGACACUGUUCUCAACGACACCGAAAAGGCCUUAAACGAACACGCCGAAAAACUUGACAAAGCUGAAGUUGAAAAGAUCCGAGAGAAAAUCGAAUCACUUCGAGAGGUUAUCAGCAAAAGUCAGGCCGGAGAAGGAACAACUAGUGCCGCAGACCUAAAGAGCAAGACAGAUGAGCUCCAAAUGGCUAGCUUAACCUUAUUCGACAAGAUACACAAGACUGCUAACACCUCUGCUGAAUCUGCAAAUGAGGCACCUAAUGCUUCGGAAAAUGAAAGCAAGGACAGUGAGAAAAAGCCAUAG